GCGUUCUGUGACAUCCAGUUCCGGAUCUCCAAUUUCCAGUUUCAGAGUCGAGCUGAAGCAGUCGCAGGAGGAAGAAAAACUCGGCCAAGGAACUUGAACCUGAACUCGCUGUUCCUUCACUUCGAAUACGAUUCCAAUCGAGCAGGGAAGCCGGAGAGGGAGAGAUGAGUCAAGGAUCUCAUUCUUUGGCGUUUCGGGUCAUGAGGCUGUGCAGGCCUUCUGUCCACGUAGAUCCACCCCUCCUCCUCGACCCCGCCGACCUCAUGAUCGGCGAGGACCUCUUGGAUGACCCCAUUGCCGCCGAAAAUGUCCCUCGCCUUAUUGGCAGCAAUGCCCAUGUUGCUGAUCAUGGCAGCUCCGAUCCCAAUUAUCGCGGCAGGUUCCUUCUUCAUCAUUGCUUCGAUGCUAUGGGACUCUCUGGUCUUCUAGUGCUCCCACAGUCUUUUGGAGCCAUUUAUCUGGGAGAGACUUUCUGUAGUUACAUUAGUAUUAACAAUAGCUCCAACUUCGAAGUCAGAGACGUUAUAAUCAAGGCUGAAAUUCAAACAGAGAAGCAGAGAAUACUUCUUUUAGACACAUCCAAAUCACCUGUUGAAUCAAUACGUUCUGGUGGGCGUUAUGAUUUUAUUGUGGAACAUGAUGUCAAAGAGCUUGGACCUCACACGCUGGUCUGUACUGCAUUGUACAAUGAUGGUGAUGGUGAGCGUAAAUAUUUACCCCAGUUUUUCAAGUUCAUUGUUGCUAAUCCCCUCUCAGUUAGGACCAAGGUCCGUGUUGUCAAGGAAACUACUUUUUUGGAAGCUUGUAUUGAAAACCAUACAAAAUCAAACCUUUUCAUGGACCAAGUUGAUUUUGAACCUGCUCAGCAUUGGAGCGCAACAAUACUUAAAGGUGAUGAACACCAUUCUGAGAAAGAGCGUUCAGCAAGGGAGACAUUUAAGCCACCAAUAUUAAUCAGAUCUGGUGGUGGAAUUCACAAUUAUCUUUAUCAAUUAAAAAUGUCUUCACCUGGUUCUGCGUCCAAAGUUGAAGGAAGUAAUGUUCUUGGUAAACUCCAGAUAACAUGGAGAACAAGUAUGGGUGAACCUGGUCGCCUACAGACUCAGCAGAUACUGGGGACUCCAAUAACAAAGAAGGAGAUUGAGUUGCAAAUAAUGGAGAUGCCACCUACUUUCAGCCUUCAAAGACCCUUUGUGCUAAAACUGAAUCUUACAAACCACACAGACAGAGAGCUGGGCCCAUUUGAAGUUUGGUUGUCCCAAAAUGGUUUACAUGGGGGUAAAGCGGUUGUGAUUAAUGGCCCUCAAUCAAUGGUCUUAUCACAGGUUGAGGCAUUGGGCUCCAUAAAUUUCCCACUGAAUCUCAUUGCUACUAAACCUGGGAUCCAGAGAAUUACAGGCAUUACAGUGUUUGAUACAAGGGAGAAGAAAUCAUAUGAACCUUUGCCUGAUGUAGAGAUUUUUGUGCAAAUGGAUUGAACUUCGUGGUCAGUACAGAGAACCUGGCCAGAAGAAGCAAAGCUAGUGGUAUUUAGGGCCGGCCUGUCAAUUACAAGUACACUAAACUGGUGAUGAAUAGACAUUUAAAGAUUCCAGGGUUUCACUAAAGAGUGAUUGGUCUACUCAUUUUUCGUAAAGGUGGUCUACAGAACAAACUCUCAGAACUUUGACCAAUCAACCUACCAUCUUUCCUGAGGAUUGAUCUUGGUUCUGUCCGCUAGUCAUGAAUUUGCAUUGUUGAUGGGGCUUUAAUCAGGUUAACCGAGUACCCACAAAGUCUUGGCUCGGUAACUCUGAUGCCACUAGGCUUAGAUUGUUGGUUGUUAAAUCCAAUGUAUCCUGUAGGAGCCCUAAUCUGCUUCUGAGAAAACCUCACAGGUUAAAUGCUCUUAUUUUGUUGGAGCAGCUGGUGGUUUGCCGUUGAGGGGCACAGAACUCGAUUCUGUUGGAUAAAUUAGCUUUGUUAUCAUUGAAUUUUACUCUUCCCUUGGUGCCUU